AUGUUCAGUCGUGGCCGCGAAUUCGACCCCUCGAUACACCAGUCGACAUCUGCUGCACACGCAGCCUCUAUUAAACGCAGGAUCAAAGCCGGAGGAGCUGGAAAGGGACGCGGUGGCCGUAAAGGUGGUCGUUCUGCUAUUCGUAGGGGUCCGAAAGCCAGACGAGCCCAACGUCACCAAAAAGACCAAGCUAGGCGGAGGUGA